AUGACAGCAGGCUAUUCGGCUCUCUUCUCAGCAGGCUUGCUCGCUCCUUCACACGUCUACGGCGGCAACAAUCUCCCAAAGACUCCCUCCAAGGCCGACUUGAAAUGCAACACCACAGUCGACAGCCUCCCUGUGCCCUACGGGGACACCUCGCCCAUCCGGCCCCUUUCGCCGUUGCCGGUGGUGACCAAGAGCGGGCCUCCCGACAGCGACAUUUCCGACAUCGACCUCGACUCGAGCGACGCCGAGAUGGACGACAUCUCCAAGCGGGACAUCACACCCACCCAGCAAUCCGUUCUCCGCGCCUCAACCUCGUCCAACACUUCCACAUCCUCGAACGGAUCCGUACAUGGUCAACCACCUGCCGGAAACGGCGCCCCAAGACUCCGUAAACGCCGUUCGAGUCUGAGUCUGUCCAUCAGCGUCUCGCCGAUGAACGCCAUUCGCUCGCCCAUUCGCACCGCCAACGCUGCUCUGCAAUUGCAGCGGCACCUGGGCAGUCGCUCGCGCAGUGGGAGUUUGGUCAGCUCAAGCGUCCCGCCUACGGCCACCGACAACGUUUUUGCCGUGCCUGGAGGCAUGUCCGCGAAGGAGACGACCAGUUUGAUGGGGCGGUUGAGGAGCGGCAGUGUGGGCAGCACGUUGGGGCGACCGCCGACGUCUGUUGGGAUGGCUGGUGCUGUUCCUGGGAGAAUCAUCCGGCGCCACGUCCGACGUACAACCACCGUUCCAGCGCCCAUGCCUCCCCCAACAGCUCCCUUGCCCGCUCUACCUCCCCUACCCCCAAACACGAACAUCAUGACGCCUAAAAACAGCAACCAUAAUGACCAAGUACGAUCCCUUUAUGCCCACCGACAACCCUUUACUUCCCAGACUAACUCUUCGAAGACUGCAGAGCACCACCACCAGCCUCAGCGGACGUUUGGCAAUACAAAGUAUCCGACGACGCGUGAUCGGGGGUUGUCUGUUAGCAGUACGUUGAGUGUUGGGAGGAUUGAUGAGGAGAUGAAGGAGAAUUAG